GCUGGCGGCGGGAGGCGGUCGGGCGGAGGUGGUGGCGACAACGACCGGUCCUGAGACAGCGACGCAGCGAGCCGGCGGCCACGACAGGGCCGGCCAGGCUCCGCAGCCCGCUGCAGCCGCCGCCUCGCCGUGAGGGCCCGAGAGCGCGGCGGCGGGCGCGCGGCCUGUGAAGGCGGCCGGAGCGGCGGGCGCGGCGCGGCGCGACGCCGAGCGUCCUGUCAGGCGGCGGAGGGCGCCGCGGACCCGCGCCGCGAUGAUGCCGAUGAUAUUAACCGUGUUCUUGAGCAACAAUGAACAGAUUUUAACAGAAGUUCCCAUAACACCAGAAACAACAUGUCGGGAUGUUGUAGAAUUUUGCAAGGAACCUGGAGAAGGCAGUUGCCAUUUAGCUGAAGUGUGGAGAGGAAAUGAGCGUCCCAUACCCUUUGAUUAUAUGAUGUAUGAACAUCUUCAGAAGUGGGGGCCACGAAGGGAAGAAGUGAAAUUUUUUCUUCGACAUGAAGAUUCCCCAACCGAGAGCAGUGAACAAGGUGGCCAUCAGACCCAAGAGCAAAGAACUCAGAGAAAUGUAAUAAAUGUACCUGGAGAAAAACGCACUGAAAAUGGGAUUGGAAAUCCACGUGUCGAACUUACCCUCUCAGAACUCCAAGAUAUGGCAGCUAGGCAACAACAGCAAAUUGAAAACCAGCAGCAAAUGUUGGUUGCCAAGGAACAGCGUUUACAUUUUCUAAAGCAACAGGAGCGCCGUCAGCAGCAGUCUAUUUCUGAAAAUGAAAAGCUUCAGAAAUUGAAAGAAAGAGUUGAAGCCCAGGAAAAUAAACUGAAGAAGAUCCGUGCCAUGAGAGGACAAGUAGACUACAGCAAAAUCAUGAAUGGCAAUCUGUCUGCCGAAAUAGAAAGGUUCAGUGCCAUGUUCCAGGAAAAGAAGCAAGAAGUACAGACUGCAAUUUUAAGAGUUGAUCAGCUCAGUCAGCAAUUGGAAGAUUUAAAGAAGGGAAAACUGAAUGGGUUCCAGUCUUACAAUGGCAAACUGACAGGACCAGCAGCAGUGGAGCUGAAAAGACUGUACCAAGAGCUACAGAUUCGUAAUCAGCUCAACCAGGAGCAGAAUUCAAAGCUCCAGCAGCAGAAGGAGCUCUUGAAUAAGCGCAACAUGGAGGUGGCCGUGAUGGACAAGCGGAUCAACGAACUGCGUGAACGUCUUUAUGGGAAAAAAAUUCAGCUGAGCCGUGUGAAUGGCACGUCGUCGCCACAGUCACCCCUGAGCACGCCUGGCAGGGUCGCUGCGGUGGGGCCUUACAUCCAGGUUCCCAGCACCGGCAGCUAUCCUGCCCCCGGAGACCCCAUAAAGCCCCAGUCUCUCACUAUCGCCUCAAGUGCUGCCCACGGAAGAUCCAAAUCCGCCAAUGAUGGAAACCGGCCAACAUUAAAACAAAAUUCUAGCUCUUUGGUGAAACCGACGCAGAUCGCCAGUGUGGACUGGAAGGACCCGAACGUGGAGGGGCCGCUCAAGCAGGGGGCCGUCUCGAGCCAGCCUACGCCCUUGUCAGCCUUGGGAGCCCCGGAGAAGCUGGGCAUCGAGAUUGGUAAAGUGCCACCUCCCAUCCCUGGUGUCGGCAAGCAGCUGCCCCCAAGCUAUGGGACGUACCCAAGCCCUGCGCCCGCGGGCCCAGGCUCGACAAACUCCCUGGAGAGGAGGAAGGAGGGCAGCUUGCCCAGGCCCAGCGCAGGCCUGCCCAGUCGGCAGAAACCUGCACCGCUGCCCCCUGCGGCUGGCCCCCACCAGCCAGGGUCCUCCCAGCAGAUUCAGCAGAGGAUUUCUGUGCCACCAAGUCCCACGUACCCACCGGCGGGGCUGCCUGCCUUUCCAGCUGGCGACGGCAAACCUGAACUCCCACUGACUGUGGCCAUUAGGCCCUUUCUGGCUGAUAAAGGGUCAAGGCCACAAUCCCCCAGGAAAGGACCACAGACAGUGAAUUCAAGUUCCAUAUACUCCAUGUACCUCCAGCAAGCCACGCCACCUAAGAAGUACCAGCCAGCGGCACACAGCACCUUAAAUAAGUCGGUUAAAGCAGUGUACGGUAAACCCGUUCUGCCCUCCGGCUCCACAUCCCCGUCGCCGCUACCGUUUCUUCAUGGGUCGCUGGCCACAAGCGCCUCGCAUCCCCUGCCGCCUUCAGAAAGUGCUGAGAAGGAGCCAGAGCAGGACAGCCCUGCCGCCCCCGGAGACGGGGCCGCCGUGGAGAGCCUGCCGCGGCCGCUCAGCCCCACCAAGCUCACGCCCAUUGUGCACUCGCCGUUGCGCUACCAGAGCGAUGCUGACCUGGAGGCCCUGCGCAGGAAGCUGGCCAACGCGCCCCGGCCCCUGAAGAAGCGCGGCUCCAUCACGGAGCCAGAGGGCCCCGGCGGGCCCAACAUCCAGAAGCUGCUGUAUCAGCGCUUCAACACCCUGGCUGGGGGCAUGGAGGGCACCCCCUUCUACCAGCCCAGCCCCUCGCGGGACUUCCUGGGCUCCUUAGCCGAUGUGGACAAUGGGAACACUGCUGCCAACGGGAACCUGGGCGAGGCCGGCCCCACCCUGCCCACGGCCCCGCUCCCGGCCGAGCCUGCCCCCACCUCGGAUGCCAAUGACAACCGGCUCCCUUCCCCCGAACCGGAGGGGCCUAUCUGUCCCCUGGAAACCCACCAAACGGCUGAGCCUGCCGAGGACGACAACAACAACGUGGCCGCGGCCCCGCCCACUGAGCCGCCGCUCCCCCCAUCGCUUCCCCCCACCGCGCCCCCGCCGGCGGCCCCUACGAGCAAACGGACCAACCUGAAGAAGCCCAACUCGGAGAGGACGGGGCACGGGCUGAGGGUCCGCUUCAACCCGCUGGCGCUUCUCCUUGACGCCUCCCUGGAGGGGGAGUUCGACCUGGUGCAGAGGAUCAUCUACGAGGUGGAGGACCCCAGCAAGCCCAACGACGAGGGCAUCACCCCGCUGCACAACGCCGUCUGUGCCGGGCACCACCAGAUUGUGAAGUUCCUGCUGGAUUUCGGGGUCAACGUGAAUGCCGCCGACAGCGACGGCUGGACGCCGCUGCACUGCGCUGCUUCCUGCAACAGCGUCCACCUCUGCAAACAGCUGGUGGAGAGCGGCGCCGCCAUCUUUGCCUCCACCAUCAGCGACGUUGAGACUGCUGCGGACAAGUGCGAAGAGGCGGAGGAAGGCUACCCCCAGUGCUCCCAGUUCUUACACGGGGUGCAGGAGAAGUUGGGCGUGAUGAACAAAGGCGUGGUGUAUGCUCUGUGGGCUUACGAGGCCCAGAACAGUGACGAGCUGUCCUUCCACGAAGGGGAUGCCCUCACCAUCCUGAGGCGCAAGGACGAAAGCGAGACGGACUGGUGGUGGGCUCGCUUUGGGGACCGGGAGGGCUAUGUGCCCAAAACCCUGCUGGGGUUGUACCCACGGAUCAAACCCCGACAGCGAACACUGGCCUGAACUUCCCUUGGGAGCACCGCACGGGCUUUCCAGCGACGAGGAGCCACUGAAGAGAUGAUUCUGCCAUUUCCCUGGGAAGCUGAAGCUAGAAAUGGCUUUACUGGUGCUCCCUUUAUCAGACAGCGUCCACAAUGUGAAAGCCCGGCAGGUUCUAGGUGAGGCCCUUUCUCUGGUCUGCCCGCAGCUGGGAGAGAGACAUUCGCCUCCAGGAAGACCGACUUUUGCCAGUUACUGUAAAUCCAAAUAAAUACCCAGCUUUCUAAACAACUGUCCCUGUUGCCAGUAAGAAGCCCUGUAAUUAACCCCUGGUCGGUUGCCAAGGAAGACGAAUGCUGUCACACACUUGGGCCCCAAGGCCGUCGUUCCUCAUUCCCGGUGUCACCCCAGCCCCAACAAUGAAAACUUGCAGCUGCCGUGAGGUGCGUCCCCUCGCUAGAGCCCUGCCCUCCCGUUUACUAGAAAUCACAGAAACCCGGGCACCUUUUUCAUCCUCACCACAUGCGUUUCUUCAUCACCAAACGAGGCCCUGUGUGGAGACUUCUGUCCAGCAGUGGUGCCUGGUGUGUGGGCUCCACUUCCUGUUCCAGGCCUCGGUCUAGGUCACCGACAGGCCGUGGAUGCGAGGGACCUUAAAAUCAAGUGACACGUGGUCAGGAGUCUCAGCACAGCACUGCCUUCUCUGCAGCCUUGUGCUGCCCCGGUGUGGUCCCCACCCCUCCCAGCGUGGCCGUGCAGCCCACGGGCCAGGAGGCGGUGGACGCAGGGACGCCUGCAAAGUCACGGGGGCAGCUAUGGGGGUGGGAGGGCAGGGGCCCCAGCUCCCCGGUCCCAGCCAUGACACCAUAACCUGCCUGGUUCCAGACUUGAAGCAAGUAAGGCGCUUCCCUGAAGCGUCAACUGUACGUACAGGCUUUUAUAUACCAAAACUAUUUUUUGACUAAACCACUCGAAACUGUCAGAACCACGUUGGAAAUGUUUUUUUCUCUCAUUAAAAUCCAGGCCCUGAGCUUA